AAGCGCAGAGGCUCUAAGAUUCCGAAGCCCGUCCAGUUCCCGCUGGUCGCCAUCCUCAGCUUGUCUCUGUCAGCGCUGGGUUAUUCGCUCACCUACCAGUGGACUAAGGGAGUGCUGGCGGCGCAUGCAAAAGUGCUGGAUUCAUGGGACGAGGUCUUCAUCUUGACAGGCUGGCGCGUCUUCGAACUUGGGCUGGGAUGGUUUGGCAACUAUGAUAGCUAUGAUCUGGCAGCUCUCAACCUGUUGUCGCAUGGUCCUCCGCUCUACCUUCUCUCAGCCUUCUACGCGACCCCUCAGUCUGCCCUUCUGCUCACCCUCGCCAUCGAGACCGCGGCGACAUAUCUUCCCUUCCGUCUUCUCAGACCGCUUUCCACGGCACACAACGACCCCUCGCAUGCUCCCAAUGCAGAGCUGCUGACCGACAGACCUAUCGCGCUUCUUACCACUCUCCUCGCCGGCGCAAUCUACACCGUGACCCUGUUCGCCGCUUACAAAACGUACCUGCCUAAGUUCUUGGUUGUGUACUUCGACAAGCUGCCCUCCGUCACGGCGGCGUACGAAUCAACUUACAUCAGCAUUCUACCCGUGACACUGACGCUCGGCUUCGCGGCGACCGUCUUCAUCUUCACACCUGUUGCGGCAACCGAAGAGAAGAAGCCGGCUGCUUUCGAUCCCGCGACCGCAUCACUGAAAGAGACGGUGUGGUGGAACGUGUGGGGAUGGGAUGACAACCUCAAGGUUGCCAUUAAGCGAACUGCAACCUUGAUGCUCGUCACGGGAGUCAAUACGGCAUUGCAGACUGCCUUUACAGUACAGGGUGCCGAGACCACUGGUGCUCUCGCUUGGGCCAGCGUCUGGGUUAUGGCUGCCGCGGUCACCGGCUUAGGACUGGGUCUUGUUGGA